AUGGAAAGUAACAUCAGAAGAUCAUCAUGUUACACACAGUUGCCUGCUGUGACAGCUACACGAGGGGAUCAACAAUCACUGGUUCCAAAUCAUAGUCCAUUAUCAAAUAUAGGUCUUCAAACACGAUCUAGUGUUACUUCAACUCUUGCUGUUACAUCUGGCCUAUCUGGAAUAGCUGGUAUAGCUGCUGCAGCUGCAAGUCAACAAGGAAAACCACUUAAUUUAGCUGCACUUACAUUAGCUGCUCAAUCUGCUGCAACAAAAAAGCGAGCAGGUGCUAGAGCACAAGCUGCUAAUACAAGACCAGAGCGUACAUUAUUUUGUUUGACGCUUAGAAAUCCUUUAAGGAAAUUAUGUAUAAAAAUUGGAGAAUGGAAACCAUUUGAAUAUCUUAUUCUUCUUACAAUCAUGGCUAACUGUUGUGCACUUGGUGCUAUAACUCCAUAUCCCGAUGGAGAUUCAAAUACACUUAAUCAUAUACUAGAAAAAUCGAAAAUGUUUUCAUUGUCAUAUUUACUGUAG